CUCGAUUAUUAUUUAUUUUGUUUUGUCCAACUCGCUUUUUUUUCUCUUCAACAAAAUCGACUUUUUUUUUAUAAAAUUUAACCAUAUAAAAUUUUUUUACAAUAAUGUUUGGCGGCGUAUUCGGUGGAGGUUCUCAAAAGCCAGUUCAGUCAGCACCCAUGGGUGGUAUGCCCGGAAUGGGCCAGGGUCAGGGUCAAAUGGACCCCAAUGCUCAGCUAGCCGCGGCCGAGCAGGAAAUGGAAAUGGUCACAGAUAUGUUUGCGCGCCUGGGCGAGCUGUGCAACAAAAAGUGCAUUCUGCAGCGCUACAGCGACGAGGAUCUGACCAAGGCUGAGUCCGUUUGCAUUGACCGUUGCGUCGCAAAGUACUUCCAGGUUAACCGUGAAGUCAGCGACAAGCUGGCCAAACUCUCGCAGGUCAACCAGUAAAAAUAAAAAAUAAAGACAUAAACGCAACGUAACAGAAUAGAAUGGAAGAAUGGGAAUUUAAUAGCUUUUUAUUCGUGUGUAAUAGAAAAAAUAAUACCAAAA